UGAUUUGUCCACGAGAGUACAACGUCCCAAAGAAAAUGGAUUAUGCAGACAAACAAUUAAUUCCGACAAUCGAAGUUAAUUUCGCUUUUUCAGUAUGCAUUAGCUAAUAUUUAAACCAGGAGUUACUUAAAUGUUUGUUUGUUGUACCGCAAAUCUAGAUAUUUACUUUUAGAGACAGGAAUAACCUGCAGAUACCAGUGUCAAUUCAGUUAGCCAACCGCUAGCUGAACUGGUCGACUAGCCAGUUUGCAACUGUCACCUGCGAUUAUUUUUUGUUAUUUCCAAAGCUUUUGGAUUGUGCCACCACCCUUGUCACACUGCCAUGGCUGACAGCAGCAUAGUUACUUUCGGGAGGGCUCAGAGUCUGCUGGUGGACUCCUCUGUGUAUGACUCCAGGAUGGCUGAGACUACUAAGGAUGUAUUCCUGAGUUUGGACUCUGAAGACAUGGAAGAGAUGCUGCAUUGUGUCGAAACCAGAGUCGUUCUUGUGGGAGAAGCUGCCAAAAAUGGAGCACUUGUCAAAGCACUGCAGGCCGUCAGGAUAAUGGAAGUCCCGGUGGUUAAGAUUAAAGGAGGGGAACCGGGCGUUGAGGCCAGAGAGAAAUUUAUUAAAUCUAUAGUCAAUAUGGAUAUCAACGUGCCUUGCAUAAAGACAGACAAUGUCAAAGAGUUUGGAGAUGGAGAAAACACAGAGUUUGAGACUGUGUUCGUGCUUACAGACUUUGCCUCACCUGACUACAGCUACCUUUACAAACAUGACAACCGGAUCGUGGGCCCCCCGGUUGUUCUGCACUGUGCGGGACGAGAGGAGCCCCUGCCAUUUUCCUCUCGUCCUUUAUACUCUACCACCAUGCUCAACUUAUCGCUGUGUUUCACUGGUUUCCGCAGCAAAGAGGCAGUUAAACACCUGGUGAAUCUGGUGCAUCACAUGGGUGGCGCCAUCCGUAAGGACUUCAGCACUAAAGUCACCCAUCUCAUUGCAUACUCCACUCAUGGCGAGAAGUACAAGCUUGCUGUGUGUAUGGGCACGCCCAUCCUCACCCCAACAUGGAUCCAUAAGGCCUGGGAGCAUAGAGAUGAUGUAAAAUUCCAUGCUGGAGAUGAAGAGUUCCGCACAGAGUUCAAAGUUCCCCCCUUUCAAGACUGUGUGCUGAGCUUCCUGGGUUUCUCAGACGAAGACAAGACCAACAUGGAGGAAAGGACAGUCAAACAUGGGGGCAGCUACCUGGAGGUUGGAGAUGAGAAGUGCACGCACAUGGUGGUGGAGGAAAACUCUGUCAAGGAGCUGCCAUUCGUACCGUCAAAGAGACUUUAUGUUGUUAAGCAGGAGUGGUUCUGGGGGAGCAUACAGAUGGAUGCCAGAGCAGGGGAGUCCAUGUACUUCUAUGAGAAGAUGGACAGUCCUGUGAUGAAGAAGGCUGUGUCCCUGCUGUCCCUCAACACACCCAACAGUAACCGGAAGAGGAGGCGUCUGAGGGACACUCUGGCCCAGCUCACCAAGGAGACAGAGAUCUCCCCCUUCCCUCCCCCCCGCAAGAGGCCUUCUGCCGAGCACUCCCUGUCCAUUGGUUCUCUGCUGGACAUCUCCAACACCCCAGAGACCUGCAAGGCCCUGGCAGAGGACAGUGUAGAGCGCAGCAGGCAUAUGAGGGUCUGUGCUGAGACCAGAAGGCAGAUGAGGAUGAGGAUGAGGAGGAGUAGGGGAGCAGACCAAGAGUGGACCUUCCACUGCACUAGCACCCCUACCCCACAGCUGGAGACAGGGACACUAGAGUGGGGGGGAAUGGCCCAGGCCACAGAGACGGAGGAGGCUUCAUGGAUGGACUCGUCCCAGGAGUCACUCUGUCUCAGCGCAGAACACUCCCGGCCGUCGAAGAGCUCUACACCUGCUGUCCUGAAGCAGUCGGCAAGAUGGCAGGUCUCCAAGGAGUUAUACCAGACAGAGAGCAACUAUGUGGAUAUUCUCACCACUGUCAUGCAGUUGUUCAAACUCCCCCUGGAAAAGGAAGACCAAGUUGGAGGACCCAUUUUGGCUCAGGAAGAAAUCAAGACCAUCUUUGGCAGCAUCCCAGAUAUCUAUGAUGUACACACCAGGAUAAAGGCCGAUUUGGAGAAGCUGGUCAUGGACUGGUCUGAGGACAAGAGUGUCGGGGACAUCAUUCUCAAAUACUCUAAAGACCUGGUGAAGGCUUACCCACCAUUCGUCAACUUCUUUGAGAUGAGCAAGGAGACCAUAGUGAUGUGUGAGAAGCAGAAGCCACGGUUCCAUGCUUUCCUCAAGAUCAAUCAGUCGAAGCCCGAGUGUGGGCGGCAGACGCUGGUGGAGCUUCUGAUUCGCCCCGUGCAGAGACUGCCUAGUGUGGCCCUCCUUCUCAACGAUAUUAAGAAGCACACUGCUGAUGACCACCCUGACAAAAUCACUUUGGAGAAGGCAAUCGAAUCACUCAAGGAAGUUAUGACUCAUAUAAACGAAGACAAGAGAAAGACAGAGGGACAGAAGCAGAUCUUUGAUGUCGUCUAUGAAGUUGACGGCUGCCCUGCCAACCUGCUCUCGUCCCACCGCAGCCUGGUCCACAGGGUGGAGACCAUCGCCCUGGGAGACAAACCCUGUGACCGAGGCGAGAAUGUCACACUCUUUCUCUUCAACGACUGUCUUGAGAUUGCCAGGAAGAGACAUAAGGUGAUCAGCACAUUUAGGAGUCCUCUAGGACAGACGCGGCCUGCAGCCCAACUCAAACACAUCACCCUCAUGCCUCUGUCCCAGAUCAGGAGGGUCCUGGACCUGCAGGAUACAGAGGAUUGCCAUAAUGCCUUUGCCCUGGUGGUGCGCCUGCCUACGGAGCAGGAUAAUCUUCUCUUCAGCUUCCAGCUGACCACUGAGGACACAAUGAAGUCAACCUGGCUGAAGAUGCUCUGUCGCCAGGUGGCCAACACCAUCUGCAAGGCUGACGCGGAAGAUCUAAUUCAGUGCACUGAGCCUGACUCUGUCCAAGUGAGCACAAAGGAUAUGGACAGCACGCUGAGUAAAGCCUCUAGAGUCAUCAAAAAGACUUCAAAGAAGGUAACGAGAGCGUUUUCCUUCACCAAAACACCCAAACGGGUGAUCCAGAGAGCCUUCAUGGCCAACAGCACACCAGACGACAAGAGCCCUGGCCCCAGCUCUGAGAACAUGAGCUGUGUGGGCAGCAGUGCCACCCUGUCUGCGAUGCACUCUCCCUCCAUGGUCAACCUGCCAUCCAUGUUUGAGAGGAAGUACCACACGUUCAGUCGCUCCACAACCCACCUGUUCUGAUUGACUCACAGAGGAGAUAAACCCAGCACGCUGUUCUGCACCGUGCACCCCUCACUGUAAUUCCAUUAGCUCACGAUUCUGCAAUGGUACUGCUGAUUGGCACGUCCUGUAAGUGUUUAAUUAACACAAGUUCAGGCAGAUAUUGUCUGACUUGGAAAAUGAAGGAUGGAUACCCUUGUAUUUAUUGUUGACUUACAAUGUUACAAGUUGGCCUAGUGUUAGACAUUUUGACAAAUGUAAUUAACAGCCACAUAUAUAGAGAAGAUAUUCACUGACAUAUUUUAUAUAGUUUUGUCGUAGAGGGAUAGAAUUCACUGAAUGAUUAACCAAUGAAAGUAUUUGUUUUAUGGGAACAAGCCUGUUGGUUUCACUUACUAUAGUUUCCAGCUUUUAUAAAGCUCUUAAUGUUUUUACUUUUGAUACAAAUGAUCAGGAUUAGGGGAACAAAAGCGAGCAUAAGCUGUAAGUCUGUCUGUUUGCCGUAGUUUUUAAGGGAUUGUUUUAUGUUGUCAAGUGGGUGUGUUUUUGUUCAGAAGGGACUAGGGGAGAUGCUGCAUUGCAGUACAUAUUUAUUCUCCAUAAUCAUUUUAUUAAUAGUCUAAAAAGCCUCUUCUCUUCUUUCUCACUUGCUAUUUAUGUGUAAAUUUGCCUAUCCUGUUUGUCUGUCAUUAUCUGUACUGUAUCUGUAUUGUGUUCCUCUGUAUCCAACACACUUACACAUGUACAUUAUCCAACUUUAAGCUUAUUUCUGGUGGUUUAUUCAGUUAUAGGAUGUUGUUCACAACUUCUCUUGUCAACACAUGAAUGAAAAAUAAGUAAGCCCCCACCCCCAUUCAUCUGUAUUGAAUAGUGGCUAUUAUUAUACAGUCACUUUUAUUAUGGUUUGGAAUUGUUAUUUUACAUUUUAAUAAAAUCCCUUGUAUUGAA